AUGGCUGCGGCACAGAAUCGGUCUGUAUCCGAUUUGCCGCAGGAUCAAGUAGAUGCCAUUAUUCGCACCAAGCGCAAAGCGCGCGAACCAAAAGCCUGCUACCCGUGUCAUGCGCGCAAAGUGAAAUGCGACCGAAACCUACCUUGCGACGGGUGUAUCAAACGGGACCAUACGGAAAUUUGCUCAUACGAACGGCCUUCCAAGAAACGCUCGCAGGCUUUCCACGAGAGCCCCGUCGAAGGCGCGUCGGCAAUUCCGACUUCUGAUCACGCCGGACUAUACAGUUAUGAAGAUGUUCCGCCCCAUAUCAAACACGAAUCUUCGCAGUAUCGAGCGAAUGGCGGCAACGUAGGUGGCCGAGUAUCUAUUGCUCGAGAAGAGUGGGAUAAUGUACGCAAUCGACUGCGGGAGAUGGAAUCCACAAUUUCUUCGUUACGAGUGGGGCUCGAGCGUGCCGAGGAUGGCCCUGCUACUGGCAUUGAUAGUGGGAGUGUGGAGAGUGUCGAUGCGAGUUCCCGCUCUAAGGGCGCCUCCCCGGAUCGCGAAGGUAUUCAUGCUGCAAACACAUUGGGGCAAGGAACUGUCCACCUGGGCUCUCGGUCGGUGUUGGCCUAUAUUCUAAAUAACAAAUCGGGACCCGAUCAGCUUCAAGCUCUUUUAGAGGGAGGGAUCUUGCCCAAGCUUGGCCUGGAUAAUGAAUCCGCAACUUAUCCAUUUGUGGAUUUGUGGUCUUCAGAUAUGUCGACUUUUGAUAUCAGUGCGGUUUGUAGCGCACUUCCAACCGAUCAACAAUGCAGAGAAUUCUUCUUCUACUACAAAGAUAUUGCGGGAGCCAUAUAUCCCGUCCUUGAAGAUAUUGCCGAAUUUGAAAGCAACCUCGAGCUCUUGCUGCAAAGUAGAAUUGCAUCUGGGGGUGUUUAUCGCGAAGACGCAAACGAGGCCCAAAGCCCAUUUGGUGUUAGCAUUGCCUAUCUCGGGCUCUUAUUUGCUGUUCUGGCCUCUGGCUGCCAAUCGUCGGAUCUCGGAAGCAAAGAACGAGAAUUGACGUCGCAAGUUUACGUUUGUUGUUCUUACCAAUGUCUGCGAAUGACCAACUUCUUAUCACAGCCAACGAUCGAAGCCAUUCAGACCUUGCUGGUCAUUGGAAAUGUUCUGUCCUAUAACAUGAACCCUGGAAUCUCAUAUGUACUUCUGGGCAUGACGCUUCGAAUGGGGUUGGCACUAGGGUUACACGUCGAAUCAAGCCGUUUUUCAGCAGAUGAGCGAUACCGACGGCGGCAUGUUUGGUGGUCCAUGGCCUGGCAAGAUAGCCAUUUCUCCUUGUCCUAUGAUCGCCCUUCUACCACAGCUGUCAGUCAGCCUGAUAUAGCGUACCGGGAAAGCUCAAAACCUGGAGAUCUCUCCUACUUUGAAACCCUUUGUAGAGUCAUAUCUCUGGCUCUGGAAGUUGUUCGAAUUCGCAUGCUCAGUCCGCAUGCUCAAAUGAGCUUCGGCAGCAUCCAAGCCUACAAGGAAAGGAUUCAAACAAUCAUGGACGAAGCGAAGCCUUAUUUGCGCGAAGCGCAGUGGUGUUCGAAUGCCACGGAAAGUUUGGAGCGCGUUGUGUUGAAGCUACAUUCUUCAUACUUCUCGUCCGAAUUGUGUCGACCGGCACUCAAACCGACAAACGAUAGUAGUGAUCCAGGAGCAGCUAGUAUCCGGGCGGACUGCAUAUCGAAUCUCAUGACAACCGUGGAAGCUUAUAUCGAAAUGCACAACAUCAGCUCCCAUGCUGCACGCUCGUGGAUUGCUUUGCAACGAGCUAUUAGCUCCGCGUUCCUGCUUGCUGUCAUCGAGGAGGCGAAAUCAGACCCAAAUGUUUGGAAUCUGCUUCGGAAGCUCGAAGGAAUCAUCGCACAGCGCGCGAGUAACGAACGAGCCUAUGAUACUGGCGAUACAAACCCUGCUACUGGCAACAUGGCUUCUCCGGCUCAAGCUAUGAAUACAUAUGAUCCAAUUACCGGGGCCACAAACCCACCGGGGGUUGUUCCGCCUCCGGUGGAUCCCACAUCACCCGCUGCCAUCGGCGAUAAUCAGACGCAGUGGGCUAAGUCUCUUGCUAAAACCCAUCGUGCCCUGCAAAAACUUUUGAGCGCAUUUGGAAAUCAGCAAACUCGCCCCGCAAAUGGUCGCAGCCCCGCGUACCUGGCUCAGUCUAACACCAACCAGGCUGGCGCAUCAGGGGGCUCUUUUGUUCCUUCGGGCAUGACACCCUCUGUUGGGUCACUCCCGCCUCCUACCCCAGAGAGCUCGGGCAGUGGCGAAUGGACUAUGCCAAAUAUACUGGAUCGCGCAUCGGAGUAUAUUCAUCCACCACUAUGGAGUUAG